ACCUGGAUAUAUAUUUGUCCCACUCCCAACACGACGACCACCACCACAUUUGUCCCAACACACCACCACCACACUCAAGAUCAAUGUCGCGAUCCACGGCGGCGACCGCCGCCGUGGUGGUGGCCGUGGCCGUGGUGGCCGCGAUGGCGAUGCCGGCGGCUGGCCAGGGCGCGCCGUCGGGGUCGCCGGCGCCGCCGUACAAGAACCACACGGUGGCCGGCGCCGACGGGUGGUUCUUCAACGCGACGAGCAACACCACCUCCGGCAACUACUCCGACUGGGCCGCCGGCGAGACCUUCUAUCUCGGCGACUACCUCAUCUUCAAGACGGACGACAGCUCGUCGGUGGUUCAGACGUCGAACGCCACCGCCUACUCGCUCUGCGACGCCGAGGGCCCGGAGACCCUCAUCUACAGCCCCGGCCACGGCGACGCGGCGUCGGCGUCCCCGCGCGCCGCCACCAUCGCCGUCCCGCUCACCGUCGAGGGCGCCAACUACUUCUUCUCCGAAGCCGGCGACGGCGCGCAGUGCGAGGAAGGGAUGCGGUUCGAGAUCAAGGUCGCCCACGGCCGCGGCCUGCCGCCGGACCUCGCGCACCCGCCGCCGCCGCCGAAGCCGCGCGUCCUCGCGCCGCCGCCCGACGGGACGAGCAUGAGCCCGGGCGUCGCCGGCGCCGGCGCCGGCGCCGCCGGCGACUUGACGGAGGGGAAGAGCGGCGGGAGCCGAGCCGGCGUGGGGUUGUUGGGGGUAGCUGUUGGGGUGGGGUUGGCAGUUUUGGUCGCUGCCUGAGUGGGUGGGCCCACAUUGUCAUUGUCCCAGUUGUAAGAUUUAUUUACUGUAUUUUGUUGGACGAAUAAGCUAUUCAAUUCCAUUGGUUAUUAAAAGUUGAGUUUUUCAUUUUUAGAGCUAACAUGAAUUUAUGAUGAGUUUUGCAAACUA